AAGAAAAUGAGGCAAAGAUUGAAAAUGUGCAGAAAACAGGUUUCAUCAAAGGACCAAUGUUCAAAGGUGUUGCUUCUAGUCGGUUUUUGCCCAAAGGCACCAAGACAAAAGUUAAUUUGGAAGAACAGGGACGACAGAAAGUGUCAUUCAGCUUUAGCCUUACAAAGAAGACUUUGCAGAACAGGUUUCUGACUGCACUUGGCAAUGAAAAACAAAAUGAUACUUCAAACUCCCCAGCUGUACCUCUUCAAGUUGACUUAACCCCUAAAAUUAAAAUGGACAUUGCAGAUACCUUAUCUACUACAGAAGAAUCUUCCCCACCAAAAUCAAGGGUAGAAUUGGGCAAAAUUCAUUUUAAGAAACAUCUGCUUCAUGUGACAUCUAGGCCUCUGCUGACUACCACUACAACAGUGACGUCUCCUCCUCCUCCCGUACCAUUACCAGCAGUCAUGGCAGAAUCAACAACUAUAGACUCACCACCCUCAUCUCCACCUCCGCCACCACCUCCUCCCCAAGCCACAACACCCUUGCCACCAGCACCAGUAAUAGAGCCAGUGGUUUUGCCACAUACACCAGUAACAUUUCUGAUGACAGCACCAGUAGAUGUAGCGGAUAGAACCCUAAAGGAAUCACCAAUUACAGCUGUACCAGAAUCUUCAGAAAUGGACACUAAGCAGGACACUGUAUUCAAUAGUUCAGAAGAACACACAACUCAGAAUUUGAAUGAACAAGCAGAUGUGCCCUUACAAAAAGAAGACUCCCAUAUUGGGAAGGAAGAAGAAAUUUCAGAUAGUUCUAAGAAUAGUCUGGGCUCAAAAAAAACAAGUUCUAAGAAGAAAUCCUCACAAUCUGAAGGCACCUUUCUUGGUUCAGAAUCUGAUGAAGAUUCUGUACGGACUUCCUCAAGUCAGAGAUCACAUGAUUUAAAAUUUUCAGCAAGCAUUGAAAAGGAAAGAGAUUCAAAAAAGAGCUUAGCACCUUUAAAAAUUGAGGAUUUGGGGAAAUGUUCACGAUCUAAAAUGGAGAGAGAAGAUAAAUAUUUUAGCUACUCAAAACUUGAAAGAGAUACUCGGUAUAUAUCUUCUCGAUGUAGAUCAGAAAGAGAGCGGAGGCGGAGUAGAUCUCGUUCUAGAUCUGAGAGGGGCUCUAGAACUAGUUUAUCCUAUUCCAGGUCAGAAAGAUCCCAUUAUUAUGACUCUGAUCGUCGCUACCAUCGGAAUUCCCCUUACCGAGAGAGGGCACGUUAUUCUCGGCCAUAUGCAGAUAACAGGGCACGAGAGAGUUCUGACUCAGAAGAUGAGUAUAAGAAAACCUACUCCAGGCGCACCUCAUCUCAUUCCUCCACUCACAGAGACUUGAGGACAUCAUCCUAUUCUAAAUCUGACCGGGACUGCAAAACUGAGUCCUCUUACUUAGAGGCAGAGAAAAGAGGAAAAUAUUCUUCAAAAUUAGAAAGAGAAUCCAAAAGGACUUCAGAAAAUGAAGCAAUGAAACGAUGUUGUUCUCCUAAUGAAUUGGGGUUUCGACGGGGGUCAUAUUCCAAGUAUGAUAACAGUGCUUCCCGUUAUAAGUCUGCCUCUUCGAAACCUGUACCCAAAUCUGACAAAUUUAAAAAUUCUUUCUGUUGUACAGAAUUAAAUGAGGAAACGAAACAGUCUCAUUCCUUUAGCUUACAGUCUCCUUGUUCAAAAGGUAGUGAGUUAAGAAUGCUUAGUAAAAUUCCUGAAAGAGAAAAGACUGGUUCUCCACCACCAUCAAGUCGAUUAAAUGAUUCACCUACUUUUACAAAGCUAGAUGAAUCACCUCUUUUUAAGUCUGAAUGUGUAAGACAUGAUAGCCAUGAUAGUAUUAAGGAAUUAGACUCUUUAUCUAAACUGAAGAAUGAUCAUUUAAGAAGUUAUUGUCCCAUAGAAUUAAAUAUAAAUGGAUCUCCUGGGACAGAAUCUGAUUUGGCAACAUUUUGCACUUCUAAAAUAGACACAACUUUGAUGUCUUCUGAUGAUAGUGUGACUGGAUCAGAGGUGUCCCCUUUGGCCAAAGCACACAUGCUUUCAUCAAAUGGAGUUCAGAAUAUUAGAUAUAAGGAAAAAGACUUGGAUGAUACUUGCAGACAGUGUAGUAAGUCUGAAGAUUCAUAUAGGGAGACAGAUCAUCCUCCAUUGUCACCACACCAAGACAAACUCACAUCUUUGCCAUUAAUUACCAUAGAUUAUUCCAAAACAGUAGUUAAAGAACCAGUUGAUAUGAGUAUUUCUUGUAAAACCAAAGAUUCAGAUAUAUAUUGUACUUCAAAUGACAGCAAUCCUUUGUGUCAUUCUGAAGAUGAAAACACUGAGCCUUCAGUUGCAAAGGUUUCUCCAGAUAGCUUUAUGAAUGUGCAUUUGAAAUCAAAAACAGUUACAUGUGGUAAUAGAAAUGUGACAGAUCAACACUCAAAAUUUGUGUCUGAAGACUGUAAGCAGAACAUUGGUAGCACUAGUUCAGCUUCAGUGAAUAAUUUUGAUGAUAUAUGUCAACCCAUAGAGAGUUCAGGAGUUGCUUCAUUUCUUCCAAGUCUUCCAGCAGGUGUAGAAAUGGACAGUUUGAGUCUGUUGCAAUGUGAAGAGAACACAUCCUCUGUCAUGGAUGCUGUACUGAAUAAAAGUUCAAAUUGUACAAAGCCAGCAGAGAAAGAAAAAAUAGCAGUAGAUAGUGACCUUCCUGAUUCAGCAAGGGGAAUUGCUUCCUGGGAAAACAGGCAUAACAAUGGGUUACCUGGGAAAUGUGUACAAGAGAUUCAAGAAGAGGGAAAUUCUGUAUUGCCUGAUAGAAGAGGAAAACCAGAAAUCUCUUUAGAUGAAGAUGGAAGAGAAUAUGCACAGACUUCUGAUGAUUCCCAAGUAGUAUUUUCUUCUUGUGAUUUAAACUUAACCAUGGAAGAUAGUGACGGCAUAAAUUACACUUUAAAAUGUGACAGUAGUGGUCAUGCUUCAGAGAUUGUGUCUACUGUUCCUGAAGAUUAUUCUGGUUCUUCUGAAAGUUCAAGUGAUGCUAGUGAUUCUGAAGACACAGAUUCUGAUGAUAGUUGUAUUCCAAGGAACCGGCUUCAGUCUGUUGUGGUGGUGCCAAAGAAUUCUACUUUGCCCAUGGAAGAAACAAGUCCUUGUUCUUCUCGGAGCAGUCAGAGUUACAGACACUAUUCUGACCACUGGGAAGAUGAUCGGUUAGAUUCAAGGAGACAUUUAUAUGACGAAAAAUUUGAGAGUACAGCUAGUAAAGGCUGUUCUCAGACUGAAAAGUUUUUCCUUCAUAAGGGAACAGAGAAGAACUCAGAAACUGCUUUUACACAGUCCAACAGAAAACAAAUAGAUAACCACUUGCCUGAAAUUGUUCAUCCUCAGAGUGAUGGAGUUGAUAGUACAAGUCAUAUAGAUGUGAAAUCUGACUCUCUAGUCCAUCCAAAUGUUGAAGAAACAGUGAACUCUAAGUUAGCGUCAAGGCAACAAGAAGAAAUUUCAGUGUACUCAUCUGAUGGUUUUCAAGAUGUCCCAAAUAAAUCUCGACAACAGUCAGCCUUCCCUAACAGACCAGAUAGUAGAUUGGGAAAAACAGAUUUGAGUUUUUCUCCCUCUUGUGAGAUUUCCCAAGUGCAUAGCUUUCAUGCAUCUGAAGAGCACAGAAACAUAGGAUGGGAAUUCUCUCAACAAGAAAAACCUACUACCACAUACCAGCAACCAGACAGUAGCUAUGGAGUUUGUGGUGGACACAAGUAUCAGCAAAAUGCAGAACAGUACAGUGGGACACGUAAUUACUGGCAUGGCAACGGCUACUGGGAUCCAAGAUCAGCAGGUAGACCACCUGGAACUGGUGGUGUAUAUGAUCGAAUUCAAGGGCAAGUGCCGGAUUCCUUAACAGGUGACCGUGAAGAAGAGGAGAAUUGGGAUCAGCAUAGUGGAUCCACCUUUUCAAGCCAAUCCAGUAAAUUUUUUCUGUCCCUUCAGAAGGACAAGGGGUCAGUACAAGCUCCUGAAAUAAGUAGUAAUUCCAUUAAGGACACUGUAACAGUGAAUGAAAAGAAAGAUCUUUCAAAAAACUUAGAAAAAGGUGAUAUGAAAGAUAGAGGACCUCCUAAAAAAAGGAGGCAGGAAUUGGAGAGUGAUUCUGAUAGUGAUGGUGAGCUUCAGGAGAGAAAGAAAGUUAAAGUUGAAGUAGGGAUGGGAGAGACAACAGUGCCCCCAGGCUCAGCACUAAUUGGACCUUCUUGUGUCAUGGAUGACUUCCGGGACCAACAGAGAUGGAAGGAGUGUGCCAAGCAAGGAAAGAUGCCUUGUUACUUUGAUCUGAUUGAAGAAAACGUUUAUUUAACAGAAAGAAAGAAGAACAAAUCCCAUAGAGAUAUUAAGAGAAUGCAGUGUGAAUGUACACCUCUAUCUAAGGAGGAAAGAGCUCAAGGCGAAAUAGCAUGCGGAAAGAUUUGUCUGAAUCGUCUCCUCAUGAUUGAAUGUUCUUCUCGAUGUCCAAAUGGCGAUUAUUGUUCCAAUAGACGAUUUCAGAGAAAACAGCAUGCAGAUGUUGAAGUCAUACUUACAGAAAAGAAAGGCUGGGGCUUGAGAGCUGCUAAAGAUCUUCCUUCGAACACCUUUGUUCUGGAAUAUUGUGGAGAGGUACUUGAUCAUAAAGAGUUCAAAGCCCGAGUUAAAGAAUAUGCACGAAACAAAAAUAUCCACUACUAUUUCAUGGCCCUGAAGAAUGAUGAGAUAAUUGAUGCUACUCAGAAAGGAAAUUGCUCUCGUUUCAUGAAUCAUAGCUGUGAACCAAACUGCGAGACUCAAAAAUGGACUGUGAAUGGACAGUUGAGAGUUGGAUUUUUUACCACCAAACUGGUUCCUUCAGGCUCAGAGUUAACUUUUGACUAUCAGUUCCAAAGAUAUGGAAAAGAAGCACAGAAAUGUUUUUGUGGGUCAGCUAAUUGCCGGGGUUACCUGGGAGGAGAGAACAGAGUCAGCAUCAGAGCAGCAGGAGGGAAAAUGAAGAAGGAUCGAUCUCGUAAAAAGGAUUCAGUGGAUGGAGAGCUAGAAGCUCUGAUGGAGAAUGGUGAGGGUCUCUCUGAUAAAAACCAGGUGCUUAGUUUAUGUCGACUAAUGGUUAGAAUCGAAACUUUGGAGCAGAAACUCACCUGUUUGGAGCUUAUACAGAACACACACUCACAAUCCUGCCUGAAGUCCUUUCUGGAACGUCAUGGAUUAUCUCUGUUGUGGAUCUGGAUGGCAGAACUGGGUGAUGGCCGGGAAAGUAACCAGAAGCUUCAGGAAGAGAUUAUAAAGACGUUGGAACAUUUACCAAUUCCAACUAAAAAUAUGUUGGAAGAGAGCAGAGUACUUCCUAUUAUUCAACGUUGGUCUCAGACCAAGACUGCUGUUCCUCAUUUGAGUGAAGGAGAUGGCUAUUCCAGUGAAAAUACGUCUCGUGCUCACACACCACUCAACACUCCUGAUCCUUCCACCAAGCUAAACACAGAAGCUGAAACAGACACCCCAAAGAAGCUCAUGUUUCGCAGACUUAAGAUCAUAAGUGAAAAUAGUAUGGACAGUGCAAUCUCUGAUGCUACCAGUGAGCUAGAAGGCAAGGAUAGCAAAGAUGAUAUUGAUCAGUUAGAAAAUGUUCCCGUAGAGGAAGAGGAGGAAUUACAGUCACAACAGCCAUCUGAAUCUAAAGUUGAUAGUGAAAUGUCUGUGGAAACCAGUAAGUUACCAAUAUCUGAACCAGAGGUUGACACUGAAAUAGAGCCCAAAGAGAGCAAUGGCACAAAACUGGAAGAACCUAUCGCUGAGGAAACAGCAUCCCAAGAUGAAGAAGAAGGUGUGUCUGAUGUGGAGAGUGAGAGAAGCCAGGAACAGCCAGAUAAAACAGUAGAUAUAAGUGAUUUGGCUACCAGGCUCCUGGACAGUUGGAAAGACUUGAAGGAGGUCUACCGAAUUCCCAAGAAAAGUCAAACUGAAAAGGAGAACACAAUUACUGAACGAGGACGGGAUGCAGUUAGCUUCAGAGAUCAAACUGCUGCUCCAAAGACUCCUAAUAGGUCCAGAGAGAGGGACUCAGACAAACAAACUCAAAAUAAAGAGAAAAGGAAACGAAGGGGCUCGCUUUCACCACCCUCUUCUGCUUAUGAGCGGGGAUCUAAAAGACCAGAUGAUAGAUAUGAUACACCAACUUCUAAAAAGAAAGUUCGGAUUAAAGACCGUAAUAAACUUUCUACAGAAGAACGUCGGAAGUUAUUUGAACAAGAGGUGGCUCAACGAGAAGCUCAGAAGCAACAGCAGCAUAUGCAGAACAUGGGAAUGACGUCUCCACUGCCUUACGAUUCUCUUGGCUAUAAUGCUUCUCACCACCCCUUUGCUGGCUAUCCACCUGGUUAUCCUAUGCAAGCCUAUGUGGAUCCCAGCAACCCCAAUGCUGGAAAGGUGCUCUUGCCCACACCCAGCAUGGACCCUGUAUGUUCUCCUGCUCCUUAUGAACAUGCUCAGCCCUUGGUAGGACAUUCUACAGAACCCCUUGCUGCCCCUCCACCAGUGCCAGUGGUAUCACAUGUAUCAGCCCCUGUGGAAGUUUCUAGUUCACAGUAUGUGACUCAAAGUGAUGGUGUGGUCCACCAGGACUCAAGUGUUGCUGUCUUGCCAGUGCCCACCUCAGCCCCAGUCCAAGGACAGAAUUAUGGAGUUUGGGAUUCAAACCAACAGUCUGUCAAUGUACAGCAGCAGUAUUCUCCUGCACAAUCUCAAGCAACUAUCUAUUACCAAGGACAGACUUGUCCAACUGUUUAUGGAGUCACAUCACCCUAUUCACAAACAACUCCACCAAUUGUACAGAGUUAUGCCCAACCAGGUCUUCAGUAUAUCCAGGGACAACAGAUUUUCACAGCUCACCCGCAAGGAGUCGUGGUACAGCCAACUGCAGCUGUAACAACAAUAGUUGCUUCAGGACAGCCUCAGCCUUUACAACCACCUGAAAUGGUUGUGACAAAUAAUCUCCUGGAUUUGCCACCCCCUUCUCCACCCAAACCAAAAACCAUUGUCUUACCUCCCAACUGGAAGACAGCUCGGGAUCCAGAAGGGAAGAUCUAUUACUACCAUGUGAUUACAAGGCAGACUCAGUGGGAUCCUCCAACAUGGGAAAGCCCCGGAGAUGAUGCCAGUCUUGAGCAUGAAGCAGAGAUGGACUUAGGAACCCCAACGUAUGAUGAAAACCCUAUGAAGACUUCAAAAAAGCCUAAAACAGCCGAAGCAGACACCUCCAGUGAACUGGCUAAGAAAAGCAAAGAAGUAUUCAGAAAAGAGAUGUCCCAAUUUAUUGUCCAGUGCCUGAACCCUUACCGAAAACCUGACUGCAAAGUGGGAAGAAUUACUACAACUGAAGACUUUAAGCACCUAGCUCGCAAGCUGACUCAUGGUGUUAUGAAUAAAGAGUUGAAGUACUGUAAGAACCCUGAGGACCUGGAGUGCAAUGAGAAUGUGAAACACAAAACCAAGGAGUACAUUAAGAAGUACAUGCAGAAGUUUGGGGCUGUCUAUAAACCCAAAGAGGACACUGAAUUAGAGUGAUUUACGGGGCCAGAAUGGGAUAAUCAGCGAGCAGGUUGGACUGACUCUGGGGAGGAGAAAAUCUGAGAACUCCCUCUGCCCCACCCCAGUGUCAGGGUUGUGCUACUGAUGACACACCACCCUGGGGAAUUUAGGCCUACAGAUUUCAGUUGAAAGCCACAAAUGUUCUCCCAUCUACAAAAAAUGAUCCCUGGUCAUGAGAUGUUGGGAUAUGGUUAGAGGCCAUCAGAGACCAGGGCAUAGGAGAGAUCCUUCCCUCCAGAACCCUGGCUAGGCCUUGACCCUCCUCUCAAACCGGGGUCUCCUCUUUGGCGGUGCUGUCAGCGCACAGAUGGAUGCGCAUCUCCACCUAGACCCCUUACCCUGAUGAAUUGUAUUAUAUUUUACUGUAUAUGUGAAUAUAUUGAAAAUAACUUGUUUUUUCCUGGUUUGUUUGUUUUCUGUUUUGCUUUUAGCCUCUAUGUGCUAGGAUCACAGGAAGACUUUGUAAGGACGGUUUAAGUUCUCCUGCAAGGUUUAAUUUGUUAUCAUGUAAAUAUUCUAAAGCAGGCUGCCGUGUGGUUUUGGCCAGCCUUGUGCUAUGUUGAUAAGAUUGAUUUACUGCUUAAAAUCACUUUACUUUAUCCAAUUUUUACCAAACUUUUUAUGUAAAAAAUAAAAUGAGUUAAAGAA